UGCAGAGAAAAUCGAGUGCGAUGAAGAAAACUCAAGGCCGACAGAAGAUCGAAAUCAAGAAACUGGAGAAGAAGAGCAGCAAGCAAGUGACGUUUUCGAAGCGCCGGACCGGACUUUUCAAGAAGGCCAGCGAGCUCUCUGUUCUGUGCGGGGCGGAGGUGGCGAUCAUCGUUUUUUCUCCCAACGAUAAGGUUUUUUGCUUCGGUCAUCCGAAUGUGGAUUUGCUUUUGGAUCGGUUUCUGACGGGGAAUUCGGCGCCGCCGAAGCCGGCGGAGAGUUAUGUGCCGGUGGCGCAGUUGAAUCGCGAAUUUGCCGAUGCGGUGAGGGAAUUGGAGGCGGAAAAGCGGCGGGCGGCGGAGGUGAUUAGGGCUGCGGAGGAGUGGAGGAGCGGCGGCGGAUUCUGGUGGGAGGAGGAGAUUGAAGGGAUGAGAGUGGAGGAAUUGAAGGAGUUCCGGUCGGCGUUGCAGGAUUUGAGAGCAAAAGUGGCGGAGAGAGUGGAGAAAUUGACGGCGGCGAGAAUCGGCGGUCCUCCGUUGCCGGCGCUGCCUCCGCCGCCUGCGACGUCGUCGUUUCAAAACCACCAAUUUCCGCCGCCUACGACGUCGUUUAAUCUCGCUGGAAACCACCAAUUCCCGCUGACUGCAACGUCGUCGUUUCCUGUGGCGGGAAGCCAGACGACGCCGUUUCAUUUGGCUGGUGGGUUAGGAUUUUUCUAG